AUUCGAAAAAUCUCAUUUCGCUCGGGCCGGGCGAAUCGUAGCUGUCAGAACGGGGAGCCGUUAAAAAUUAAAGUUCCCACAGAGUUUCAAAGAACAAACAGUUUUGCACUUUCUUCUUCACACCUUUCUUCCUAUAAAAGCAAAAGGAAACGCGCCGGCGAACAUUCCAGCGGUGUAGCUUUUAACUUUUGUAGUGUACAUUUAAACGGGUAGCAGGUUGGGAAGUGAUUGCGUUCUGCUUCUGCUCGAUCGAACGCUGCCCCUGGCCGUAUUUGUUUUGCCGAACUGUUUGCGCACAAACAUGGCGUGUAACAAAGAAAAUCGUAAACUGUUCACUGCACCAGCACCGGUAACCACAGGCACCAUAAUCCCGUCCCAUUCGGGUGCGAUGUUGGCAAGGAAAGGCGCCACUGGCUCUGCACCGGCUGCAAACCACGCGCUCAAAACCAACGCAGCAAAGGUGGCCGGGAAGGGGGUGGAAGGGCAGUCGCACGGAGGAGUGUUUAAAGCCCCACAGUUACCACCACCUGUCGGACGAACAGCGGCGCCCAGCAGCAGUAGUAAACCGGGCGCUGAAAAACCACCUCCAAAGACUGAUGAUGGGUGCCAGCCGGAACCGAUGGAUACGACGCCGUCCAGUGAUAAGCCGGCGAACGGUGGAGAGCGGUCGAGCGGCACGAAUGCGGACCCUAAUCAACAGGCGGCACCGAAACCGGCCAAAAAAGUGUGGACGCUCAGCAACUUCGAUAUCGGUCGACCGUUGGGCCGUGGCAAGUUCGGUAAUGUGUAUCUGGCACGGGAAAAGGAAACAAAGUUUGUCAUCGCGCUGAAGGUUUUGUUUAAGAAGCAGGUGCACGCCCAAGGCAUUGAGCAUCAGGUGCGAAGAGAGAUCGAAAUUCAGUCCCAUUUGCGCCAUCCGAACAUACUGCGCAUGUACGGCUACUUUCACGACGAGUCGCGGAUUUAUCUCAUCCUAGAGUACGCACCGGGCGGCACGCUGUUCAAGGAGCAGCAGCAACAGCCGGGAAAACGGUUCCCCGAGAAACGGUGCGCCAUCUACGUGUACUCGCUCGUAUCGGCGCUGAUCUAUCUGCACGAGCGCAACGUCAUCCACCGUGACAUUAAGCCGGAAAACUUGCUCCUUGGGCAUGGUGGGGAGCUGAAGAUAGCUGACUUCGGAUGGUCCGUACACGAACCGACAUCCUCCCGAACCACGCUGUGCGGUACGCUCGAUUAUCUGUCUCCGGAGAUGGUACAGGGCCAACCGCACACCAAAACCGUUGAUCUGUGGAGUUUGGGCGUGCUGGCGUACGAGCUGCUGUGCGGAAAGGCUCCCUUCCUGGCCAACACUUACGAGGAAACGUACCGUAAAAUUAUGAAAGUGCAGUACACCGUACCGCCGGAUGUGACGAAGGCGGCCGCUCACCUAAUUUCGCGGUUGCUCGUCAAGGAUCCGGCCAGCCGUAUGCCGUUAGAGAAUGUGGCCAUCCACCCUUGGAUUCAGCUGCACGUGGACAAAAAGUAAGCGAAGUGCCAUUUACGUUAGCGAUGCGCGGUCGUUUGUCGUCAACUGAGUAUUUUUAGUAUGUUUCUACUUUAGUCUUUUUUGUUAGAAGUAAUGUUAAUUUUCGAAGAACAGUACUGUGCAGCAGUGAGUGAGAAAACGGAUGGGUGUACAGAACGGUUGCAUAUCUUAAAUUCGUAUAAAAUAGGCAGGUUUUAUGAUAAUUUUACACCAUCGA